AUGGCUUCUGUCGGUCAAAAGAUCCGGAACUUUUUCCUGGGUGAUACCACGGACAGUAAAGAAGAGAGGCGACUCGUCAGGAAGCUAGACUUCUUUAUUAUGACUUACUGCUGUCUAAGUUACUUCUUUAACUACCUCGACCGAGCAGCGUUUGCCAAUGCCUAUGUUGCCGGCCUCCGCGAAGCCCUUGACAUGCGCGGCAUUGAUUAUAACAAGGUCCUUUCUCUGACCACUGCUGGAAUGGCUGUCGGGCAACUUCCUCAUGGUAUCAUAAUACAAAAGGUGGCGCCAAGGAUAUGGUUCCCUUCCAUGGUUGUCGUCUGGGCUGGCUUGACGAUGGCCAGCGCAGCUGUGAAAACCGUGACCCAGCUUUGCGUCAUUCGUUUCUUUCUUGGCUUGGCUGAGGGAAGCACGUAUGCGGGCACCAUCUACAUCAUCGGGGCCUGGUAUAAGCCUGAAGAAAUCGCCAAGCGAACUGCUCUGUUCACUGCAUCAGGCCAGGUAGGCACCAUGUUUGCAGGUGUCAUGAUGGCCGCUAUCCACAGGGGUAUGAAAGGGCUUGGUGGCCUUGGAGGUUGGCAAUGGGUGUUCUUGAUCGACGGUAUCAUCACACUGCCAAUUGCAGUGUUUGGCUUCAUGUACUUCCCUGAUACUCCAGGAAAGACCAAAGCCAACUACAUCUCCGAAAAAGAAAAACAGUUAGCCGUUGCAAGAUUACCACCCAUCAAGGAGGACGGCCACAACAUCCAUCCCGUCUCUCUCUUCAAGCGUGUAUUCGCAAACCCUGUCUUCUGGGUUUUGUUCUUCUGGUCUCCAGUGUGCGCCAGUAUAGAGGGGUUCCCUUUCCAGAACACCUUUUUGUUAUGGCUGAAGUACCAUGACGAUUCUUUCACGCAGACUCAGAUCAACACAUAUCCCCUGGGCGUCCAGGCUGUUGGCAUCGUGUCGAAUAUGCUUGCGGCCUGGCACAUGGACGCCACUGGCCAGCGCAUUCCGAUGGCUGUUCUUGCGUGUCUUUUGCAGGUCAUCGUCGGAGCCAUGCUGCUCGUCCCAUCGUUGCCUUUUGGAGCUACCUUUUUUGCCUACUACCUCGCCGGGUCAGCCUAUAUGGUCAAUCCCCUGAUCUUUGGUUGGGCUAGUAUCAUUCUGCAGAGGAGCGGCGACGACGCUAUGCGCAGCGUUACAAUUUACUCUAUGAACAUUGGUUCAAUGGUUUUAUGGACAUUCUGGGGCAUCUUAUUCUACUCAGCUGCCGAUGCGCCAUACUGGAAGAAGGCUUGCAUUUCCUUGCUCUGCUGUUGCGGUGUCAUGCUUGCAUAUAUGUGGGCAGUCUUCAAGGUGGACAAAUUCACAGCGAAGAAAUACGCUGACCGCAUGGUUCCCGCAAAGGCUGGGGAGAAGGACUCAAAUGCGACUUUUCCAGAAGGCAAUGAGAAGCAUGCACAGCAGAAAGUCCAGGAGAAGCAAAUCUGA